UUAUGUUUUGCCGUCAAUGGAUGUCGACGCAUUGAGUCGGUAUACAAAUAUUGUAUGAAUCCACACAGAAGUUCGUGCGAACAUUGCGUGAAACUCUGUGGUGGCAAGCAAAACACUGUGCGUCGUACCGCUUCCUUUGUUUACUAACAUGCCGCUGUUGUAGGAAUAACAUUACCGUGCAUUUUUAUCGCGCUGUCUCGGCCGCUAUCUACUAAAAUAUUACGGUAACGCUGACUGUUGAUGCGGCAAUGAAGAGGGUGUGAAGUCAUCAUGAUUGUUCACCUGGGAGUCGUAAAUCUGAAACGACAAGUUCUUGUGCACCGUCAGUACAGACAUGACAUCGGGGCAAGAAGCUUCCAGGAGUGCGUCGACCUCGUAUUGAGCACCAAUGGGCAUUCCGUUGGACCUGAACAGAAGCUUGAGGAUGUUUCCGUUUACCACAUUUGCCGUGAGAACAUCUACUACCUCCUCUGUUCAAAGAGGUCCACUGGAGACACAUUGGCUUCAGAUGUUGCAGCCACUGAAUUUUUAAAUGAAUUGUACAUGUUGAUCAAGAACUUUUGUGGAACCACAACUGAAGAAAGCCUCCGUAAAAAUGCGUUGCUCAUUGAGGAGAUACUUUCCGAGAUAGUUAACCGUGGCCACAUUUACACCACAGAUUUAUCCUCUCUGCGACCCUGCAUCUAUAGUGAACCAGCUGACACACCCAUUUUAAAGAAGACGGCUUUGACGUCCACUCUCUUGGCAUUGGACACAAAGUCAGUUGUACCAAAUACCACAGCUCUGAGGCCAGUGUUUGGAUCGAGGUUGGAGCAAAGCCAGAACCAGCACAAGGCUGAAAUAUUUCUUGACGUUGUUGAGAAGGUCUAUGCCUCCAUCUCCAAAGAGGGAAGUGUCACAAACUUUCUACUGUGCGGCAGCGUGAACUUAAAAAGCUGCCUCGAGUCCAAAGCAAGCAUCACACUUGGAUUCAACGAGGAUUUGGUUCUUGCAUCAGCACCAUCUGAAUCAGAAUCCUACACCACGGACGUCGUUCUUUCCAACUACAUCCUUCAUGACACGGUAAAAAGUGACAAGUUCUCUGUGGACCGGACGCUGACUGUUCUGGCCCCUCAAGGAGAGGUUCCAGUGCUGAGGUACUCCACCACUAGGCCCAACAAUGGAUACCCAUUUUCAAUUGUUGCAGCGGUGGAGGAAGUGCCGGGCUCAAGGGACCUGGUCCUGACAGUGAAGCUACGCUGUGAAGGCCAUGUGGGAUCAGAAGCUGUUGGGACUACUCUGGAAAUUCCCCUGCCUUGCAACACAAGCGGGGUCAUGAAGCGUUUCAAUGAAUUGGAACAAAGUGCAGAAUUUCAAUACGAAAACAAAAAAUUUUGGAGGAUAAAAUGUCUGAAAGCCAAGUCGGAAGCCGUGGCCAAAUUCCGACUUGCCAAUGCCAACGAAGGUGGUUUCGGGAAGCUUGAGCUUGGACCCAUCUCCAUGAAAUUCGAACUUUCAAACCAGUCCACAUCUGGGCUCAAGAUCCGUUUUCUCAAGGCUGAUCAACACUCUGGCAGCAACAUUCAACGCUGGAUACGGUAUGUUACGACGUCGGACUGCUGGGUUCAGCGCUUGACGUGAUGAGAAUAAACAUGUAAAAAGUUCAUUAAACCGUU